UAGUAGCAGCAUUACAAAUACAGAUAAAAUAUUUAAAAUCAUUUUACUUUAUUUUACGUAGUCUAUGCUUGACUCUAUGUAAUAUUGUCUAUGCUAUAAUACUACCAAGUACGAAUGAUAAAACAAGGUGACGAAUGCCAUACAUUUCAAAUGCACUUUGAAAUAAUUACAUUUAGAUACACGAUUCAAUUCUAUCAGACACAAAUAAAAAUGGUGGUUCUGUAGUUCAGAUUGGUCCAAGAAAACAAUUUCUGUAACUUGAAGUAAAAUAUUAAUGAUAACAGAAGCUUUAUAAAGUGAAAAACGUUUUCAUGGUUAUAAAAAUUGCAGAAGUUCAACGGGUGUGAUUACGUGGUGUGUUAACAAAAGUCGUGUUUGACAAAUAACAGGUUGUUGGAGGCACCGAUUUCGCUGCACUUUUAAAUGGUGUUAUUUUUAUUUGUAAUGAGAUUAUUUUAUUUGCAUUAACGUGUGCUUACCGGUGGCUAAUUCGUCCGUUGAAGCGUUUACCGAGGAGUUAUAUUGAAGAAACAAGAAGAGAGUUCCAAAAGACCAUUCCAAUUAAUCAGCAUGUGACCCAAAUCUAAGAUUUCUCUUCUUUGUGUUCUACGGGUCCGAGCAUAUUAUAAAUAGAGAGGCACCAGGAUAUCAGACAAGGCGUAGCAACGCCAUAAGAGACCAGUAUUUGUCGGGAUAUGACAUUUUAUGGACCUGUCACGGUUGAGUUCAGCUCUCUGGGGGUCAGGUGCACGAGACCCGCUUUUCAGCAAUAUUGUCUAAGUGCAACAUAAAUGCACGCUCGGAUUUUACUACAGUCAAUCUUUUUGCGAUUAUAAGUGCUCAUACCAGGAAAAUAAAUACCUUGUGUUGUUUAAAUGUCCAUUCGCAUGUUUGUGUGUGCUCAACAAGUGUACAGUGGUAGUGCAACAUGAGGAUCAAGGAGUCACCGCUGACAUCAAGCUGCCAGCAUUAGGAUGCCACAGGAUGGCUCACGCAGAAAAUCACAGAUACAUUGUGCAGGUGUUUGUGGGUGCACUCUCAGCACAAUAUGAGGCUCUGUCAGUGGAAGCGUCCAAACAGACCAGCUCCGAUGAGAUAGUUUGUUGCAUUGCUGACAAACUAAACUUAAACAAUGGCUCCGGAGGACCAUUUGAACUGGCAGAGGUGGUGGGGGACGUGGUCAGCGGCGAGUGCAAGGAGCGCCGGCUCGGGCCCAACGAGUCGCCCGUGGCCGUCAUGCUGCUGUGGCCCAACAGCACCUCCGGACAGUACUAUAGGUUCUACCUGCGUGAGAAAAUACCAGACGAACCGUGGAUGGAGAACUUUUCGGUCGACCCGCAGCUAAUAAAAGACUACUUCCAGAGAUUUCUAUAUCAGCCGAAAGACCGCGAAUAUCCAGACCUAUGCCAGCUACCGGAAUUAAACGAACAGACGCUAUUGGAUAACUUGAGAGCGAGAUUUGCGGCCGGAUACAUUUACACAUACGUCGGUUCUAUAUUAAUAGCUCUCAAUCCUUUCAAAUUCUAUCCUAUCUACAACCCGAAGUAUGUGAAGCUAUACCAGAAUAAGAGGAUAGGGUCAAGUCUUCCGCCGCACAUCUUCGCGGUCGCCGACGCAGCUUACCAUCACAUGGUCCGCGAGAGAAACAACCAGUGUAUAGUGAUCAGUGGAGAAAGUGGUUCCGGGAAAACAGAGAGUACGAAUUUCCUGUUGCAUCAUUUGACGGCUCUCAGUCAGAAGGGUUCGCACGGCAGCGGCGUCGAGCAAACGAUACUAAGCGCCGGGCCGGUGUUAGAGGCGUUCGGAAACGCGAAAACUGCCCACAAUAACAACUCCAGUCGUUUCGGGAAGUUCAUCCAAGUAAAUUACAAGGAGAAUGGGAUGGUCCAUGGAGCCGUCGUGCAAAAGUAUCUGCUGGAGAAGUCGAGGAUAUGCAGUCAGGGGCGCAACGAGCGGAAUUACCAUGUGUUUUACUACUUGUUGGCGGGUGCAUCAGAGCAGGAGAGGGAGCAACUGCAUUUGCUCAGUGUGGACAAGUACCACUACUUGUCGCGGACGGGCUGCAGCGUGGUGCCCGGUGUGGACGAGCAGUACGAGUUCUCGCGGCUCAAGCAGUCCAUGGAAAUGGUGGGCUUCACCAUGGACAAGCAGCGGAGACUUUUCGCUGUCCUGUCUGCAGUUUUACUUUUAGGCAACGUCGAGUUCCAACCUCAACGCAAAUCAUAUCACCACGACGAGGCGGUGGGCGUGCGCAACCCCGAGGUGGUGUCGCUGAUCUCGUCGCUGCUGCGCGUCAAGCAGGAGACUCUGCUGGCCGCGCUCACGUCCAAGCGUGCGCGCGCCUCGGGCGAGACGCUCGUCAUCAACUACAGAAUGGGAGAAGCUAUAGCGACCCGCGACGCCAUGGCCAAGUGCCUGUACGGCGCGCUGUUCGACUGGAUCGUGAUGCAGGUCAACCACGCGCUGCUCUCCAAGAAGGACACGCUGCGGGACCACCAGGGCCACAGCAUCGGCGUGCUAGACAUAUUCGGUUUCGAAGACUUCGGCCCCAGCAACAGCUUCGAGCAGCUCUGCAUCAACUACGCGAACGAGCACCUGCAGUACUACUUCAACCAGCACGUGUUCAAAUACGAACAGGAGGAGUACCGGCGGGAGGGCAUCCGAUGGACGGACAUCGGCUUCUCGGACAACACCGGCUGCCUGCAGCUCAUCGAGGGCAAGCCGGGCGGCCUGCUGUGCGUGCUGGACGACCAGUGCAAUUUCCCCUGGGCGACUAACGACACGCUCCUGCAAAAGUUCAACUCCGUGCACGAAGACAACCCGUUCUAUGAGAAGCCGCAGCGGCGGGAGCCGGCGUUCGUAGUGCGGCAUUACGCCGGCAGGGUCAAAUACCAGGCGACAGCGAUGCGCGAGAAAAACCUGGACUUAAUGCGGCAGGACAUCGUGAGCGUGUUAAAGAACUCGUCCCUUGCGUUCGUUCGGGAGUUGGUCGGUGUGGACCCGGUCGCCGUGUUCCGCUGGGCCAUCGUUCGUGCCUUUUUCAGAGGGUACUUCGCGUUCAUGGAGGCGGGGCGGCGCCACCGCGGGCUGCGCGGCGACGGCGCCUCCAGGGUGCCGCGCGGCUCGCUGCACCACAACGACGGCCUGCUGGGCCAACUGGCGACUGUGUCGUCAAUCAAUCUCGCAAUCAACCGAAUUGCCCCGCCGCGCGCGCCCGCCGCCCGCGCCGCGGACGCGAGGCGCGCCGAGCCGCCGCCGAGACAAGGGGGGAAAGGGACAAAACAUUACAGACUCGCCGAAACGCGCACGCGCCGCCUCGAGCGCGAGCGGGACGAGCGCACGUUUGACGACACCGACGUCAUGCAGCGCGCCAGCCAGAUCGUUAUGAAAUACAAGUCGUUCAGGCCGCGCGAGCGCGCCAAGAAGGGGCUCAAGAACCUGCAGUCCGUGAAGACGGUCGCGGGCCGCACGGCGGCGCUGGCCGGCAAGAGGAAGCAGCCGCUCACCGUGGCCGCGCAGUUCCAGCACUCGCUCGCCGCGCUCAUGGAGACGCUCAACCAGGCCAACCCCUUCUUCAUCAGAUGCAUAAAGUCAAACAGCGACAAAGUCCCAAACGUGUUCGACGAGGAAACCGUCCAACGUCAACUGCGAUACACGGGCAUGCUGGAGACGGUCCGGAUCCGGCAGGCCGGAUACAACGUCCGGCUCACCUAUGAAGAAUUCAUACAGUUGUACCGGAUACUGCUGCCGAAGGGGCUGCUCAGCUCGCAGAUUGAUGUUAGGCAUUUUCUGGCCAAGUUGAACUUGGAUAGGGAUAAUUAUCAGCUCGGUGCGACGAAGAUCUUUAUGCGCGAGAGCGAGCAGACGAAGCUGGAAUACAAGCUGCACCAGCAGAUCAUGGCGUCCAUCAUCACCAUCCAGCGCUGGUUCCGCGCCGUGCUGGAGCGCCACCGCUUCCUCGCGCUGCGCCGCGCCAGUCUGCUCAUCCAGGGCGCCUGCAGACAAUGGCUCCAAGCGCGGCACGAAGCCGCAACGAAGGUGCAAGCGUUCUUCCGCGGCAGCCGCGUGCGGCGCUGGUACGUGCGGUUGCGGGACUCCGUGGUGGCGUUCCAGGCCGCCUCGCGCGGGUACCUGCUGCGCCGGCGCCUGCCUGACCGACGGAAGCUGCCCGCGCCCGCUAAUGAGCAUGACAGAAAAGCGCCAAUCGUGUCGGAGACCGACGGCUUCUGCAAACGGCAAAGCAUCGACCAAAUUAGGAAUAUUAUUGAUUUACAAUUGAACAGACUGAUACAAGAAGAGGCGGAGAGGAAAGAAACGAGAGAAAAACUAAGAGUGACGCAAUCUCUGCCCAUUCCAAGUUUGGAGAAAAAGCGCGAGAUCCUAAUCACAGACGCUACAACCACGCAAGUGACUUACGGCAAGCGAAGAGUCUCCAAAACGCAGAAUAUCACAGAGCAGCCAUUAAAACAAAGUAACUCGAGCGUAAACCAGUCGGAGGCGAACGAAUCGUCCCCAGAUGAGAGCUGGAGUGUGACCACUAACAAGUAUCCGCAGGGGGUCAUCCCUCCCAACAAGAUUACUCCCGAAGACUUGGCCAAUGAGCUCCUCUGGCUUAGGAUAGACCAGAACUAUCUCAUGGCCGAAAAGAAUAAGAUUCGAGAAAGAGAAUUAGCAGAAUCGAUAGCGAGCAGUAGUGAAGAGUACCUGAGGCACGCCGGCGACUGGAGCCCCGCGGACAGCUCCGACACCAACAGGAGCGGCUCCAGAAGAGGUUCCCCCGCGGUGUACCAGCGCAGCCUGUCGAGCACGACGCUGGAGCCGCCGGCCGCGUCGCCGCGCGCGCUGCUCAGCCUGCCGCCCGUGCGGCGCGAGCCCCGCGACCCACAGCGCGCAAGACCGACCACGCAGAUUAAUGCGUGCCUGACGAUGGGGCGGGCCGCGGAGCCGCCGGCGCCGCCCGCCGUGCCCGCGCGCGCCGCCCGCCGCUCGCCGCGCCGCGCGCCCGACCAGCCCGACGCCGACCACAACGACCACCACGACAUCAAGCGGGCGGCGUCAGAGAUGAUGGGCCCGCUGCUGGAGGCGCCGCCGCUGCGCGGCGAGGUGCGGCGCCGCAACUCCGACCCCGAGCCGCGCCCCGCCGACCCGCGCUCCACCGACUACAUCGGACAGACCACCAACGGCCUCUUCCGGAUCGCGGGACACAGGUUUCGGAAAGGCACCCGGUUCGCGAAAGGCGACAAAUGCGUGUACUGCCACCAGGCGAUCGACGCGUUCGUGACGCAGGGCCAGCGCUGCAUCGACUGCAAGCAGCUGUACCACACCAAAUGCAUCCAGAACAAGGGCGUCAUCACCAUGCCCUGCUCCAGUCCCGUCGCCGCGCCCGGCCGCGGCAGGCACAAAUACAGGAAACCCCACAUGGGCGCCGAGCACAAGAGUUCGUCGAGCACUCACUUCAACCUGACGGGCACGUCCGAGUUCAUGGACCGCACGGACAAGAUCAUCUCUGACGCCAACGAGCUGCACGCCAUGCAGAACUUCAUCACCAAGAAGAUCUUCCAGAUGGAGUCCAGCGAGAAUGAGAAACAAUCUGAGGUGGACAGGGUAUUCAAGCACGCGCUACGCGAGUUCAAAGACAACCUAGUGGCGACGUACAGCGUGGUGGAGACGCGCGGCUCGGCGCUCAAGUACAAGGACCUAAUCGGGAACUUCCUGCACGUGAUGGAGACAGUGUGCGCACGCGAGGGCUCCACGCUGUCCAUCACGAUGGGCGUCAACGCCUUCCGCGGGUUCAUGGACGAGUUCAUGAGCCAGCACGACGUCGACAAGGGCAGGACCAAGCGGAAAAAGGAUAAGAAGAGAAAAGUGGACGAUCCAAUACAGUACAAAGGGCAUACGUUUAUUCUCUCAAUGAUAAACAUACCUACGGAGUGCGAGAUCUGCAAGACAUUCUUCAUGUGGCCCAUCGAGCGGUCGCUCAUCUGCCAGACGUGUAGGCUGGCGUCACACAAGAAGUGCUACAUGAAGGUGCUGCAGUGCCGCAAGGAGGCGGGCGCGGCCUCGGCCGCCAUCGUGGGCGCCGUGGACGCCGGCGGCCGCGAGCAGCUCGGAGUCUGCAAGCGGGGAAAGGUGUUCGGUGUCCCUCUAAGCGAAUUACCGACGGGCGACAGCAACAUCCCCAUAGUGGUGGACCGCCUCAUCACCACCAUCGAGAUGACCGGCCUCUACACCGAGGGGCUCUACAGGAAAAGCGGACUCAGUUCCAAGGUGCGCGAGCUGCGGCGGCUGCUGGACGAGCGGCCCGAGGAGGGCGUGGAGCGGCUGGAGCUGUACGCGGUGCACGUGCGCGCCUCCGUGCUCAAGGGGUUCUUCCGCGACCUGCCCGAGCCGCUGCUCACCUUCGACCUCUACGACGACUUCAUCAUCGCCGCCGACAUCUCCGACCCCGCGGAACGAGUAUCCAGCAUAUUUACGAUUCUAAGAAAGCUACCCAAGCCUAAUUUCGACCUGGUGGAGAGGCUAAUAUUCCACUUGGCGAGGGUAGCUUUAGGGGAAGAAAAUAACAGGAUGGGCCCGAACGCGCUAGCGAUCGUGUUCGCGCCGUGCAUCCUGCGCACGCACAAGGUGCAGCCCGCGCAGGACUCGCUGCACGACAUCGCGCGCCAGACCGCCUGCCUCGAGGCCAUCCUGUCCGACAAGAUUCGCACCGUCCGCGGCAUGCUGCAAGACAUCGCGACACUGGACACGGCGUGCCACACGGCCACGGACCGGCUGUCUUCCCUGCGCAGCGCGCAGCCCGAGGAGCGCCGCGAGGAGCGCCUGCUCGUCGGACACAUCUGCGAGAUACAGAAGGAGAAGGCCAUACUGACCUCCAACCUGCCCACGCUUAUCAGGGCGACGUCGGACGACGACCUGCUGUCGGCCACGGAGCAGGACGGCGAGUUCGGCAGCACGGACGACCUCAGCGGGCUGUCGGCGCGCUCGCAGCGCCUGCUGCACCGCCAGCUCUCCUCCGACGACCCCAUCAUGGUGUAGCAGCCCGGCCCGCCGGCCACUGUCCGGACUGACCGCGUCAGAUUACCCAACAUUCAGCUAGAUGCACAUAAGCGUCGUACUGCCUCUUGCCCGCGCGUGCCGCUUUUAUGACAAAUAAAUAAUGAACCUGCCGCUACAGCGAGAGGCGAGAGGUUACUUUUAGGUAAUUAUUUAGAAAAGUUCUUAUUAGUAGAACGGCAGGACACUGACCUCUCUAUUGUAUUCAGAAUGUACUUCUUAAUGUCCGACGACCUUAAUGUCGUUACAUUGCAAUGACAAGAAAAACUGUUCUUACUAUUGGUUAUUAUUCCAUAAAAUGGGGUGACUUUACAAAAGGCCGGAAUACUUUGAUAGAGACAAAUUAAA